UAAAAAUUGAAAGAGCGAUUGAUUUCAGAUCCAAACUGAGAAAAAUCUUGAAAUCUCCUCCUCCUGUGUUCAUCCUGGGAUCUGUACACAUUCUUCUAGAACAUUCUGAAUGGCGACGGAGGUCGUGGAGAUGUCUCCGCCGGAGGCGACGGCGAGCCUUCUCUCCCUCGCUUCCGCCUCUCAGCAACCGUACGUGUCCGAGCUCCUCUCCUUCACUCUCGAUCGUCUCCACAAGGAGCCGGAGCUGCUUCGAGUGGACGCGGAGCGGAUUCAGAGGCAAAUGCAAGAGGUUGCUGUUGGGAAUUACCGAGCGUUUAUCACCGCCGCUGAUGCUUUGCUUGCGAUCCGCCAGGAGGUAUCCUCCAUCGAUAAGCAUCUCGAGUCUCUGAUUGGUGAAGUCCCAAAACUGACGUCUGGUUGCACAGAGUUUAUUGAGUCUGCUGAGAAUAUUCUGGUGAAGAGGAAGAUGAACCAAGCUUUGCUGGCAAAUCACAGCACUCUUCUUGACUUGCUUGAGAUUCCUCAACUUAUGGACACAUGCGUGAGAAAUGGAAAUUUUGAUGAAGCUCUUGACCUGGAAGCAUUUGUAUCGAAACUUGCAACCAUGCAUCCCAAAUUGCCCGUUAUCCAAGCACUUGCAGCUGAGGUUAGACAAACAACUCAGUCACUUCUCUCACAGCUUCUCCAGAAACUACGCUCCAAUAUACAGUUGCCAGAAUGUCUCCGAAUUAUUGGCUACUUGCGCCGAAUAGGAGUCUUUGGCGAGUAUGAAAUGCGGUUACAGUUCUUAAGAUGCCGUGAGGCAUGGCUCACUGGAAUUCUUGAGGAUCUUGACCAGAAAAAUGCAUAUGAGUAUUUAAAAGGCAUGAUAAACUGCCAUAGGAUGCACCUAUUCGAUGUGGUUAAUCAAUAUCGAGCUAUUUUUGCUGAUGAUACAUCGGGGAGUGAAGAAAAUUAUGAUGGUGGACUUCUGUUUAGCUGGGCCAUGCAUCAAAUAACAUCGCACCUGAAGACUCUGAAAGUCAUGCUCCCAAAGAUUACCGAAGGAGGAUCUCUAUCGAAUAUUCUGGAUCAGUGCAUGUACUGUGCUAUGGGACUUGGUUGGGUUGGGCUAGACUUCCGUGGUCUGCUUCCUCCUCUUUUUGAAGAGGCGGUUCUGAACUUGUUUUCCAAGAACAUGAACACAGCAGUUGAGAAUUUCCAGUUGGUUUUGGAUUCGCAUCGAUGGGUUCCGUUACCAUCUGUUGGCUUCCCAUCAACUGGUUUCAAUGACGAUAGCAAAGAUGACGUCACACCUCCAUCAUACUUGAUGGAGCACCCGCCUCUUGCAGUUUUCACAAACGGUGUAUCUGCUGCUUUGAACGAACUACGUCCGUGUGCCCCACUAAGUCUGAAGAAUCUUAUUGCUCAUGAAUUGAUCAAAGGGCUUCAAGCGGUCUCUGACUCCUUACUUAGAUACAACACAACUCGGAUGCUUCGACUCAACGAAUCCAAUCUUUUCCUCUCACUUUGCCGAGCUUUUGUCGAGGUGGUUUUUCCACAUUGCGCCACAUGCUUUGGCCGGUGUUAUCCAGGUGGUGCCAGUAUCGUUAUGGAUGCCAAGAGCGCGUACGAAGGUCUAAGUCGCAUAUUAGCCGCUUCUUCCUCUCCAGAACCAUCCAACAAACUAGUAAAGACCAUCAGCACCGACGCAACGAGUGCAUCAGAGAACGGUGUCGCCUCCCAAGUCGAAGAAAAACAAGUCGAGAGUCCGAACAAAAAAGAAGAGGACAGUCACAUUCCCUUGCAGAUCCCUGAGACAACACCACACGAGUCUUGAAAGUUUUCUUAAUUUUUUCUUAUAACGGCAUGAAAAAAAUAAACAAGAGGGAAAAUUAAUCGAAGAACGACAAUAAAUUAUUAUCUAUACUAGGUAGAAACCCGCUCUACCCCGCGAGAUAUUAUAACACGAAUUGAUUUUGUUUA